AUGGAAGUCGUUAUCGCUCCUAUUGAUAAACAACCAUUUGAUGUGGAGAGAGACAUUGAAAAUCAGAUCGGAAUCAAGCCAAUGUUUUUCCGAAAGAUGAACAAGACAACCUCAGGAACUUGCCGAUUUUUCCAGUCAAGAACCUGCAAACUAGGCGAUCUCUGUCCACUUCGUCACGUGAGCUACAAGGGCAAAGCUCCGGUGUGCAAACACUGGCUCCGAGGCCUCUGUAAGCUAUCUGAUCAGUGUACUUUCAGUCAUCAGUACGACUUGAUCAAUAUGCCUACGUGUUAUUUCAAUUCAAGGAACAAUGCCUGCAGCAACAAAGAAUGCUUGUUUUUGCAUGUCAACAAGGAGAACGAAGUGAAGGAGUGUCCCUGGUACAAUCGUGGCUUUUGCAGCCGUGGUCCGGAGUGUAAGCUGAAGCAUCAACGCCGCAUCCUCUGCCCGAACUACAUGGCCGGCUUCUGUCCGGAUGGACCCCAGUGCAAGCGAGGUGGUCAUGGCAAGUACAGA